GGACUUCAACUUUUACUCCUCAGUUUGCUUACAUUAGUUAAAAUGUUUCUCUACACAUUUGUAACUUUAAUAAUCCUAACCCAACCUAGUGUUUUCCUUGCUACGAUCAGUGUUUCUGAACUAACAACCAAAUUCGACGAAAUUGUCGACAACUUCUCCGAGCUUUUCCACAGAAUGGACCAGGAUCUCAGAAGGUACGACACGAAAAAGAGGGAGGAAAAAUUAUUCAUGGCAUUAGAUCGCAUCAAUCUUAGAAUAAAAAUAAUGGAAGGCCGACUUCACCGUGGUAUGCGACUUAUUAGAUUAUUAAAUAAACUACCACGAGAAGUCCGACAAGAAUUGCAUUCGCACGACAUCCAGACCAAGCAAAGUUUCAUCGACUAUUACUUCUCACUUUUUGAGCAACACGUUAGAGACUUUGACGAAUAUGAAAAAUCGACUUUGGUUAAAUUCAGUGAAGGUGUCGUUUCAAAUAAUUUAAAUUCAGUUCGUUUCUUAAUGGAAGCAAUUUACAACAAUGUGGUCAGAGACGAUUUUUUGACAGUGUUCGAGAGACAAUUCGAGCCCAAAACGACUCUUUUCUGCAACGAAACCUUUUCACAACAAGAGGCGCUCCAUCAACUGUUAAACGAAAUUCUAGUCACAAAUUUCAAGAGUUAUGUUCUUGAACAGUCGGCUUACCUUAUCAAAAAACACAACAAUCAAGGUAACUACACCAAAGAGGUUGAACUUAGCUACAAAGAAUUUUUGUCAAGGUCUUACAACAUCACCAAGUCUUUUAAAAAAUCCAUGAGCGAGGCGUCACGAGAAGUGUGGAGAUGUGACCCUCGGAAACACAUCAGAAACGAAACUUUUGUCGAAAUUACGAAUUUUCUUCACGGUUUUAUCCUCAAUAAAGCCAAUUUAGAUUCUCGUGGCCAAUGUCGCGACGAGUGCAGUGAGUACAAAAUGGUCUUAAAACCAAAAAACUGCGAGAAAAAUUAUUGGUGUAAAAAACAGACCACUUGUCCGAAAAUUAUCGACUGCCAAUAUGUUGAUUCGUCCAUGACUGUGUGUUCCAACAUUAUGGCAAAACAUAACCGAAGGUACGAUUACGUACAAUUUGCUGACGGAAAAAAUUUUGGGGCAAAAAAAUCAUGCAAUGGUGACUCAGACUAUUUGGAAACGUACAAAUUUUGGUUGAUUUGGAGUUGUUCCUAUUGCUUCUGCUUGUGCGACGAAGGGCCAAAAUAUUUUUCAGACAGAUAUAUAAAUUUACGGCUCGCCAUGUCAAACAUAAGCGAUAACAAAGUUGUCACCGGCUUGAGAUUCGUGAAACACAACCAAAUCAUUCACUUGCAAGUCCAAGAAGGUAAACUCCUCGAACAUGGAACAAUUGAUCCGGAUUCAGUCCAAUGGGUCCCGCCAGAAAAUUACAAAAGAACUGACAGAAAAAUCCACGAAGGCCAAGACUACCAAGUCAUCACUUGGGAAAAACGAAGCAUCGAGUUAACCGAAAUUAUGGCAAGAAACGGUUCGGUUGUAACCGGUGUCAGAUUUAAGAAAAUCGGUUCGCGACUUGAGCUCGAAAUCAUGAUAACACCGUUUAACUUCACCACAGGAAAACUGAGAAAUUAUUCCGAUCAGUCAAGUAUUUUCGUAGAAGCUCCAAAUAUCCAUCUGAGACACAGAUUUGGGAAAAAAAUCACUUUAUCAUCCCCGGAUGUUCCCACUCGAUCAACCGCACCUUCCACUCAUUACACAACAGGAAAAUACAUUGAAUUUACAACCACAGAUGUGUAUAAGGAUGCAGCUCAAACCACGGUACCAUUUUUCGACUCUCAGCAAGUCUACAACAAAAAUCCGGUGCCCCUUUCAGGGGUCGGUCUCUUUCACAGAAGUCGGAGAGGAUCAGGGGGGUUUAUAGCCCCGAAAAUAUUCACUUACGAUUUCAGCCAACAUUUGUAUUGUUUCAAGGAUGAGAUAAAAUUAGUUUCAACAAUUUUUUCAGUUUCAAGUUUAUUAUUAUUUAAAAUGCGUCUCUUGUCAGGUGUUGUGAUUCUUGUUUUCUUAUUCCAAUCAACAAAACCAUUCCCGGCACUGACAGCUUUCGAGAUAACAGUCGAAAUUCUUGAAAUGGCGAACAGUUUAUUCGAAAUCUUCGACACAGUCAACGACAAAGCCGACCUAAUUCAAUUUGUUACCAAAAGCAAAGAAACGGCACUCCUUGAGAAAUUAGACAGUAUGAAUCUUAGGAUUAAACAACUUGAUGACAGAAUAAACGGAGUGGACCAGCGUCUUAAUACGAUUAUAGAAAUGUUGAAUCACCUGCCACAAGUGAUUCGACACGAACUGAACUUGCAAGAUAUUCGAAACAAACAAAAUUUUCUAAACAUUUAUUUCGCUACAAUGGAAAGCUAUGUGCGUAAUUUCGAUGAACUUGAAAACUCUACGAUUGUCAAUUUUUGUGAAAACGUUGUAUCAAGCGAUCCAAACUCGGUGCGUUUUUUAAUGAAAGCAAUCUACAACCUUGUAAUUACGGACGACUUUUUGAAAGCAUUUCUAAAACAGUUCGAGCCCAGAGGAAUUUUUUUUUGCAUCGGAGCCCAAUCACCGCAAGAAGCUCUCCAUAAAUUUUUGAGCGAAAUUCUUUUAAUCAAUUUCAAAAGUUUUUAUUUGGAACAGGUCGCUUACAGUAUUAAAAAACAACAGCUGAAACAAGGUACUUUCACUAGAGAAAUUAAACUCGCAAAAAAAGAAUUUAUUCGAAGACAAAACUCUAUAAUUAAGAAAAUUAAUGAACACAUGUCGAGGGCGUCCCGAGAAUUGUGGAAGUGUGAUCCCCCCAAGCACGUCGAAAAUCAAACUUAUUUGAGAAUAGGAAAUUUUCUUCACGCUUGUAUCUUCAAUAAAGCCCAUCUGGACCCUUUGGGAAAAUGUCAAAACGAAUGUGAUGCUUACAAAAUGACAAAACCUCAAGAAAAUUGUCGCGAAAAUAAGUGGUGUAAUAAACAACUACCAGCUUCCAGAAUUAUCAACUGCCAAUAUCUCGAUUCUUCAAUGACAGUUUGUUCUAACAAGAACACGCGAAAAAAUAACAGAAGGUAUCAGUACGUAGAGUUAGGAAAUGGCAAAGUUUUGGGGAAAAAACAGUCUUGCCGAGGUUACAAAACCGAUUUGUCUACGUACAUCUAUUGGAUAGUUUGGCGAUGUUCUUACUGUUUUUGUCUGUGUGACGAACAGUCGAGAGGAACGGACGUAUACAUUAACUUAAGGCUCAGCCUAGCAAACAUGAAUGACAACAGAGUUGUCACAGGUCUGAGGUUUGUAAAGCACAAUGAAAUCUUUCAUUUGCAAAUCCAGGAAGGUAAACUGUUGAAACGGGGAAAAAUCGAUCCUGAUUCAGUCCGAUGGGUCCCUGUGGACAAUUACAAACACUUCGACACAAUUGAAGGCAAAGACUUCCACAAAAUCACUUGGGAAAAAAGAAGCUUCGAACUUAGCACAAUAAUGGCACAGAAUGGAUCGGUUGUAACCGGUGUCAGAUUCAGACUGAUCAGAAAUAGCCUAGACCUCGAAGUACUGACAACUCCCUUCAACUUCACCACCGGAAAACUCCUCCCAAGCUUGAGCACUUUCAAGGGAACACGGAACCUCAACCUGCGCCACAAAUUCAAGCAACAAGUUAAAUUAUCAAAACCGGAUGUUCCCACAGGAUCAACAGAACCUCACACCUUAAUCACAACGGGACAAUACAUCGAGUUUAGAAACACAGAUUUGUACAAGGAUCUAGCUCAAACCACGGUACCAUUUUUCGACUCUCAGCCAGUCAACAGCAAAAAUCCGGUACCACUCUCCGGGGUCAGUCUUAUUCACAAAGGACGAGAGGGAUCAGGGGGGUUUAUCGCCCCGAAGAUUUUCACGUACGACUUUAGCCAACAUUUAGAAGAAAUCAGUUUAGAAACAGUUAAGCGAAAACAGCGGUUACGAAAUUGAUUUAGAUAAGAUAACACAAUCUGUUGUAGAAUUAUAAAUAAAGUGUUUUUUCCUUUG